AUUCCCGGUCGGUCCGACCUCCUGGUUCGAUUCCCGGUGUUGCUUCAAAAGCUUUCGGGUUCGACUCCCGGAAUGACAAGCGUGGGGCUCGAUCCCACGCGAGCACUCGCAUGACAAGCGUGGGGCUCGACCCCACGCGGGCUCCCAGAAUGACGGGCGUGGGGUUCGCACCCCGAACGACCUUCUCGAUUCGCGCAGACGCGCGAAAAUGGAAAAGGGACUGCGAGUAGCAAGGCACGAUAUGGCACCUUGAGCCAAUGGCUACGGUGCACGCGUUCGACGAUCGUCACUGGGGACCACUAGUCUCAAUUAGAUUUGCGGCGC